UUGAUAGCACGCCGCUGGAGUGAUUAAUCGCUAAAUAAUGUGCAAUUGUUUGCGGAGGAGACAAAUCGUGAUUUAAUCGACAUUAAUAGUGUAAUAAAAUGAACAGAAUGUACAAAUUACUAUGCUUGAUGGUUGUUAUAAGAUUCACAGUCGCCGAAGUAUUUAUGAAUCGCGUAGAUCACAUAGAAUAUUAUAGGAAUAGGACGCGACCAUCGAAGGCGUUUAACAGUUUUUCGACGAGUUAUUUCAACAAUAAUCUGGUGCCGAGGCCUGGGAAGGAAAAAGUGCAGUGCGGUACUCGAACGGUGGACUUUAAUUUGAGAAGGGGCAAGAUUGUUGGCGGUACUGAAGCACCGUAUGGCGCUUUUCCUUGGCAAGUUGAGAUCCAGAUGUUAGAUCCAGACAAGCUGGUGUUUGGACAUCACUGCGGGGGCGCUGUCAUCGCCGAACGACUGGUUCUCUCUGCAGCACAUUGUUUCGACAAGCAUCCGUUACAACUCGAGCACAUCCGCAUCGUUGUUGGAGAGCAUCGUCUGAAGGUUCAGGACAAACACGAGAACAGGUACCUGGCGGAGAAGGUGGUUCCACACCCUGAGUUCAGGAAGAACGGUCCCCAUAGCAACGAUAUAGCCCUCUUACUAGUGGCCCGUUCUGGGGGGGUGCAGUUCAAUACACACGUGCGACCGAUAUGUCUGCCCAGCGGCAGCGAGGCCACUGGCCAGUGGUGCGCCGUCAGCGGCUGGGGGCACCAGGGUGAGAGUAAUGAUAAUUUCGCGCCGGUUUUACGGGCGGCGGCCGUUCCCAUACUAGAUCUGGCCACUUGCAGGAAAGACCAAGUGCUGGGUGGUAGGCAGCAAGCCAUACUGGACUCUAUGUUAUGCGCUGGGGUCCUAUCGGGGGGUGUGGAUGCCUGCCACGGGGACUCUGGUGGUCCCCUCGCCUGUAUAGCUGACAACCGUUGGCACCUGUAUGGGGUGGUGUCCUGGGGCUCGGGGUGCGCGAGACGGGCGAGGCCGGGAGUCUAUACUAGAGUAGCAUCCUACUUACCCUGGAUAAAAAGCACUGCGGCCCAUAUGGGGCAUAGGUUUUGACGCAUUUUGGGGCAUUUCAUGAUUAUUUAAUAUUUGUCCCAAAAUUUUUUUUGUUCCUCUCGAAACUCCUUUGGGAGUAGCAUUGAACUUGGUGCAGCCGUUCCAAAUGAUACCCAGGACAUAUAUGGUACAGACAGACUGGCAAAAGGAUAUUUAGAAAUGUAAUUUGUAGUCAUUUAUCGAGUAACAAAUAUAAAAUGACGUAUACAGUUACCAAUAUAUACUAAUAAUAUAAAAAUGAAGAGUUGUUCGAACGCGCUAGUCUCAGGAACUACUAG